GGACUUAUUCAAAGUAAACAACAAAUCACGUGACAAUAAUAUUGCCUCUUCAUGUAGAAAUAUUUCGAGGUCAUCGAAAUAAUCAGAGCGAUUUAACUUGGUAAAUCAAAAUGGAUAUUGCUAAGCUUUUUCACUUUUGCAAGACAGGGGAUUUACAAAAUCUGAUUUAUCUUGUGGAGGAGAAAGAAGUAGAUGUAAACGAAAGAGAUAAGUGGGAUAGUACACCAUUGUACUACGCCUGUUUGUGUGGUCAUAAAAAGAUGGUUAAAUACCUUCUGUAUAAUGGUGCCAAAUGUGAAGCCAGUACAUUUGACGGAGAGCGUUGUCUGUAUGGAGCUUUGACAGAUGAGAUACGCUCCGAAUUGAAGAAACAUAAUAUGAUAUCUUCACGUUUGAUUCGACGGGAUAUGUAUGAUGAAUUUAUGAGAAAGAUUCAAGAAGGAAAUUGUUAUGAAGAUGUUAUUUUUGAUGUCCAUGGUGUGCAAUUUCCAGCGCAUAAAUGCAUUUUGUCUGCCAGGAGUGAAUAUUUUGCCAUUCAGUUUAAAACAAGGUGGAAGGACCGGAGAGUGAUUAGUCUACGGAACGAAAUAAUUCAAUCCAGUGCUUUUGGAAAAAUUCUAAGAUAUCUCUAUUUAGGUUGCUUAGAGACACAGUUCGACAAUCUAGAUGACUGUCUAAAUAUUGCAAAACAGUGUCGAUUAAUUGGUCUAAUAGAAAAAAUCGAAGAUUUCUGCCGUAGAAAAUUUUCAUUGGAGUAUAUGAAAGUUGGUGUUCGAGUUAAUAUGCUGAUCAUCGAACCGCAAGAUAAAUCUCAGGAAUUAAAGAUGGAUUUAGGGCAGCUUGUAAAUGAGGCGGUGCCAACAGCCCUGAAGAAAUGGGUUCCAGGAGAACUACCAUUUGAGCCCGAAACUUCCUUACUUUACCAUGAUGUCUGCUUCCAAGUUGAAGAUCACAUCUUUAAUUGUCAUAAAGUGUUUUUUUGCGGUCGAAGCGAUUAUUUCAAAGCAUUGGUCGAAGAUCAUUUUGGAGAGUGUUGUCACAAUGGUGAGAUACCUGUCAUUAAGAUUAAAGAUGUAUCUGUACAGGUGUUUUUACGUGUACUGCACUAUGUUUAUCAAGAUAAUUGUGAAUUAUCCAAAUGUAUUGUAUUUGAGGUUUUGUGUGCUGCUGACCUGUAUCUUUUACCAGGAUUAAAACGACUCUGUGCCAAGAAUAUGGUUCAGUACCUAGAGGUGCAGAACACUUUACCUAUUUUACAAACAGCUAGAUUAUUUAAUCUACCCAGACUCGAGUCUCAAUGUGCUGAAUUUAUCGCCAAUAAUCUAUCUUGGUUUUUAUCCCAGACCGAUUUUGUUGAGUUUGUGAAAGAGGAUGCGCGUAGUAUAAAGGAGCGAGAGGAGACAGAUAGUAUUGAUAUAAUUGACGAAAUACGUUAUUAUAUCAGUAACUUCGUCCAAAAUUAUAGCGACAUGGAAGAGGCUCAGGAAAGAUUGCGAAAGAUUGAUAACUUUUUGUUUGAGUUAGAACUUGAUGGUUAAAUGAAUCAAAUUUUAAAAAAUUUAUAUUGCAUGAUCUGAUCUGAUGGUUAUGUCAAUUAAAUUGGUUUGUUUGCAUACUGGUAUAUUUUAAACAAUUAUAUUGUAUUUCAGGCCUGGAAAGAACAGUUUUAGUUGUACUGGUACCGGACAAUAUUAACUCUAUGUCUGUCAUGUAUUAAAGAUGCAUUAUGUACAUGUAUUAGGUUCAUAAGCCUAGUGCAGGUCUUUAUUUUGGCUUGAAAUGUUAUAUAAUUUAGAUAUUUAUUAACAUAACAAGCCCAUAAUCUACUAUUUUGACUAUCGGAUGACACAGAUUUCAACGGAUUAGAAUGCCCUUGAGAUUUAAACUUUUAACAACAAAAUGGAUAAUCGUGGCUUACGAUAAUAAACAAUCUACACUACAUCUUCCAACACUCAUAACAUUGCUCAGAAUAAAGUAAUUUGAAUGAACUUUUCAAUAUUCAUUUUUCAUUAUCUAUACAUGUAUUUGAACUAUUAUAGCAAGAAUGGCAAGUUCUUUAUCUGAAUUAAACAUAAUGCAUCUUUAAGAAUGUUAGUAAAUAGAAAGAUUUUUUGUCCUACAUAAUGACCAGCAUCAGAGAGAUUAUGUUGGCAAACCCUGAAUUUGUGUUUGUCAAUAUCAGUGACAGAUGUUUCAUUCCAGGCUUGUGUAAGAUAAUAAUAUUGUUGAUAAUUAUGUGUUUUUUUAGUUUUAUGCUUUUGUUAUAACCUAAAAUAUAUAUAGUGCUUUUAUAUUACAUGUAUUUCAUAUCAGGAUUGUUUUUCCACUCUUAUAUUAAGAGUAGUGCUUUUUGAAUGCUUGAUGCAGUUGAAAUACAGGCACUUAAAGGGAUUAAAAUAAAACUUCCUGCUACUGCAUGACAAUAUAUUACAGUAUAUACCAGUAGUAGGAAGUUUUAUUUUAAUCCCUUCAAGUGCCUGUGAGUUGAAAUGGUCAGUUUCGGCUCAUUUUUGGUGCAUUUUCAGAUCUCUUUAAACCCCAAAUAUUUUAAAUCAAUACCUCUUCCAUUUUUUGAAAUGACUUUUAGUAUACUGAUAUGCAAUUGGAUAGGAAGAAAAUACAUGUACAUGUAUAGAAAACAUAUUUGAUUAAGAAAAUUUGGUAGUUUUAGAGAACGAGGAAAAUUGCCAUUUUUAAUGCACAGUGUUCAUGUAAACCAUAAGACAUAUAUUUUAUUGUUUAAGUGUAAGAUUAUAUCAUCUUAAAGGGUAGAUCCCCCAGUACCUUUUGUAUCCCCCCUGUACCCUUUGUAAUCCACAUGUAUUAAACAUACAUUAUGCAAAGCUAAAUCUGCCUAUUGUGGGUCUUUCUUUAAACCUGAAAUGUUGUAUAAACUAUUAAUUAGACAUUAAUUAACUUAUCCAAACCAUAAUCCAUUCUCGAUGUCAUCUUAUGUAUCAGAUUUUCACUGGAUUUGAAUCUGAUCUGCUGCUUAAUGCUCAUUGAUGAUUAAAUCCAAAAAUGGAUAAUCAAGACUAUGUUUUUUAUCAUACCGACUUUAGUAAUGAUGAUCGAGGCUAGGCUUAAAAUUCAAAAGGUAAUAUCUCGGUUCAGAGUGGAGCAAUUUGACUGAAAUUUUCAACAUAUUCUAUUUACGUUAUCUCCCAUAAUGUAUCUUUAAUAGACCUUUUCCGGUGAAUAUUUUAGUAAUCUAGGAGGAGACCUGUUUGAGGGGCAUUGUUGAAAAAUGGUACCCUACAUGCACAUGUACACUUACAAAUUCUUUGAUCUCUGCUUGUCAUAUACAUGUACAUGUACAGUACUGGUACGUUCAUUUUCACUUAAUGAUAGGCAUUGAAUCUUUCAAAAGAUUCCUUAAUUGGCAGUUGUAUUUGUUUUGUUUAUGCCAUUUUUGUAAUGAUUUUCUAUUUGUUAAGUUUUCAUCUUUUAUUCAGAUUUGUAUAAUAUGUUUGAAUUAAACUUUUAUUUAUAUUAAUUUAAUCAUGGUAACAACUCUAAUUAAAAUGUAGGCAUUUCUUACAUUGUAUAUUUGAUAUAUUAUCAUAUGUAUUAACAGUUGUUAAUAAAUAUUAUAAAUAUC